AGGAGGGAUUGUUUGUGGUGCUGGAAUGAGGUAGCACAAACCUGCGGAGUGUGACCUUACAAGGAACACAGCAUCUCGCCCUGUUACUCGCUGGGGGCAUUUGGGGAGAGCAGCGGGACCCACAUCCACCCGAGCGGCGCACGGCUGGAAAUCAACCGGAGCCAGGAAAGGUCUGGAUCAAAGGCUGGUCACUUUCUGAAAUAAACUCCCUCCCACCGCUAGACUCUUGCUCAAGAGCUGUGCUGAGCUGGCCAGGGCCUCGCACCAGCGCAGGGAAAAGCAUCGGGACCUCUCCUGCCUCCGGAGAUCAUGCCAACUGUGGAUGACAUUCUGGAGCACAUAGGGGAAUUUAACUUUUUCCAGAAGCAGACGUUUUUCCUCUUAGCUCUCAUGUCCGUGGCGUUCACCCCCGUCUACGUGGGCAUCGUCUUCCUGGCCUUCACCCCGGAUCACCGCUGCCUGAGCCCCGGGGCGGCCGAGCUGAGCCGGCGGUGCGGCUGGAGCGCGGCAGAGGAGCUCAACUACACGGUGCCGGGCCCGGGGCCCGCGGGCGACGCCUUCCCCCGCCAGUGCCGCAGCUACGCGGUGGACUGGAACCAGAGCGCCCUGGGCUGCGUGGACCCGCUGGCCGGCCUGGCCGCCAACAGGAGCCACCUGCCGCUCGGGCCCUGUCUGCACGGCUGGGCCUACGACACGCCCGGCUCCUCCAUCGUGACCGAGUUUAACCUAGUGUGUGCCAAUUCCUGGAUGCUGGACCUGUUUCAGUCGGCUGUGAACGUAGGAUUUUUUAUCGGUUCUGUGGGUAUCGGCUACCUAGCAGACAGAUCCAGUGUAGACUCUCCUUGCGGCUGUCCUUGCCUGGCCCACAGCAUUGCAGGCGUCCUGGACUGGGGCCUUGGGACCAGAUGUAAUAAUAGGUUUGGCCGUAAGCUCUGCCUCUUGGUCACAAUCCUCAUAAACACUGCAUCUGGAGUUCUCAUGGCCGUCUCCCCAAACUAUACAUGGGUGUUAAUUUUCCGCUUGAUCCAGGGGCUGGUCAGCAAGGCAGGCUGGUUAAUAGGCUACAUCCAGAUUACGGAAUUUGUCGGGCGGAGCUAUCGGAGAACAGUGGGCAUCGUUUACCAAAUGGCCUUCACCGUUGGGCUCCUGCUGCUGGCUGGGGUGGCGUAUGUGCUUCCUCACUGGAGGUGGCUGCAGUUCACUGUUACUCUGCCCAACAUCUGCUUCUUGCUCUAUUACUGGUGCAUUCCUGAGUCUCCGAGGUGGCUGAUCUCCCAGAGUAAAAAUGCUAAAGCCAUGAGGAUCCUUAAGUACAUUGCAAAGAAAAAUGGAAAAUCUCUGCCUGCCUCCCUUCAGAGCCUCAGACCUGAUGAGGAAGUUGAUGAGAAGUUGAAUCCGUCAUUUCUUGACCUGAUCAGAACCCCUCAAAUAAGAAAACACACUUUGAUCUUGAUGUACAACUGGUUCACAAGCUCUGUUCUCUACCAAGGCCUCAUCAUGCACAUGGGCCUUGCAGGGAGCAAUAUCUACUUGGAUUUCUUCUACUCUGCCCUGGUGGAAUUCCCAGCCGCCAUCAUCAUCAUCCUCACCAUUGACCGUAUAGGUCGUCGGUAUCCAUGGGCUACAUCAAAUAUAGUGGCAGGGGCAGCCUGCCUCGUAUCGGUUUUCAUCCCUGAAGAUCUACAGUGGCUAAGAGUUACGGUCUCGUGCUUGGGUAGAAUGGGGAUUACAAUGGCCUUCGAAAUGGUUUGCCUGGUCAAUGCGGAACUGUACCCUACGUUCAUCAGGAAUCUUGGUGUCCUUGUCUGCUCCUCAAUGUGUGACAUCGGUGGCAUCAUCACACCCUUCCUGGUCUACCGGCUCACCCAUAUCUGGCAUGAGCUCCCACUGGUGGUUUUUGCUGUGGUUGGCUUGGUUGCUGGGGGACUGGUGUUGCUGCUCCCGGAGACCAAAGGGAAGGCUUUGCCUGAGACUAUUGACGAAGCUGAAAACAUGCAGAGACCAAGAAAAAAUAAAGAAAAGAUGAUAUACCUCCAAGUCCAGAAACUAGACAUUCCCUUAAACUAAGAAGAGAGACCACUCUUGCCAUCGCCUUGCUGUGAUGAUACAAGUCCAAACCAGAGAUUUCUCCAUCCACCACAAAGCCCAUGUAAUUCAAUCUCACUCCCCUUUGAACCUAUUAACUUGGACCUAUAGCCAAAUGGAGUUUGUUGUCCUAUGUGUAGACCCAUGGGACCAGAUCCUACCAAGCUCCACCAACUUACUCCAUUCCCAGCAUUCCUAGGACAGUGCUGUUGGUGUGCUGGGAAUUGUUUUCAUCUUUGUAUGUCUGUAUUUCUUUAUUUCUUUCUCCACAAUGAUAUCAAACCAAAAUACACAGGGGAAUUGUGGGCCAGGGAAACAGAAUGGAAAAGAUCUGAACAACAGUUAAGUGGGAGCAGACAGCUUGCUUUCUUUUCUUUCUUUUUUUUUUUUUUUCAAGACUUUAUUUAUUUAUUCAUGAGAGAUCCAGAGAGAGAGAGAGACAGAGACAGAGGCAGAGGAAAAAGCAGGCUCCCUUCAGGGAGUCUGAUGUGAGAUUCGAUCCCAGGAUUCCAGGAUCAUGCCCUGGGCUAAAGACAGGCGCUAAACUGCUGAGCCACCCAGGCAUCCUGAGAGCCUAUUUUCUUAAGGAAAUAAUACAUUUAAACAAUAUCAAGUUGUCUGGAAUGUAUGUCAGUGCCAUGUGUGAAAAAAAAUUUAAAUACAUUAAUUAUUAUCUGGGUUAAACUUUAAAGGAGCCUAAGAUAAAAGAAUCAGAAAUACAACUUGAAGGUUGCAUGCGCCUCAGUUGUUUGAGAGUCUGCCUUCAGCUCAGAUCAUGAUCUCAGGGUCCCAGGAUAGAGCUCCACAUCAGACUCCCUGUUCAGCAGGGAACCUGCUUCUCCCUCUUCUUCUUCCUGCUGCUCUGCCUACUUAUGCAUUCUCUCUUAAAUAAAUAAAUAAAUAAAUAAAUAAAUAAAUAAAUAAAUAAAUAAAUAAAAUCUUUAUUUAAAAAAAUACUCCUUGAGUAAUCACUAAAUCUUCUUAGCCUGGAUUGAGUACAAAUGUGUGCUUUCUACAAAAAAAAUCUUGAGAAGAGUUUGAUCAAGAACAGUAUUGAAGUUGGCUUAUUAAACCAAAAGUGCAAUAUUUCACUGAUAAAAAUUGCUCUAAAUCUAUGGUUUAAAAAUUAUAUUAAUAUUUUACCAAGGUAAUAUAGUAAAUAAAUUUUUAGAAUCGAAAUACUUCAAGGCUUAUCAUGAAAAACAAAAAUUUCUUAUCCCACUCCACUUCUAUCAAUGCCUCUGGAAUAAUUUUCAACUUUUUUAGCUGGGGUGCUUCCCCUUACGAUUUAUCUUUCUAUAUCUAAAUAACAUUGUAUGGAUAUCUCUUGGAUUUUUUAGUUUUAAAUAGUACAUUACCUAUUGACUUAUUGAUAUAAAAUAUGAAGAUUUAGCUCUUCAAUCUCUCCUCAUCCCAACACACAACUUUUCUCUUCUUUUCAACUCUGUGUUAUCACAUUGUUAUUCAAUCAAAUAGUUGACAUUAGCAUCGUUAUGACUCUGUAACUAUUAUCAACAGCUCAGCCACAGAGUGUUCUGUGAUCAUCACACUUCUACUCUUUCACACCAUUUUGUUCCUCUUGAGCCUUGGUUUUUAUUGCUUGUUUUCUAUAUACUCACCAUUCCUUUUUCCCCCAACUCUCUGAUAAAACAGUAAGUCUGUCAGUGCAUUCAAACACAGCUCCUUCUUCCAGAGAGCCCUCCCACCUGGAGCCUGCUGCCCUCCUGGUCCAGUGCAGCCUGGCUGACAUGAAGGCCUAUUGCACAGCUGUUGCCCUGGAUUCUCCUUUCCCCCAUUCCUGAGCAUUCCCAGUGCCUCUUCCUUGUGUAUGGGGAUCUUCCUAGAUCUGAAGUGCCUCCUAGCUCUAGUUCCUCAUUCUUGGUUUUCUCCCGCAUUUUGAAGAAGCACAUCUCCCAGGAUUGUCCUAAGAGCACAUACUUGUCCUUCUGAAUUCUGUAACAUCAGGAGUUGAAACCAGCAAACUACACAUUCCUGGCCCUCUGCCACCUGCUUCUUACACAGCUCUACCGAUGGGUAGCAUUGGCCAGAUCGGAAGAUAGGAACAAGAGAGAAGUAUCUUUCCCCUGUAUCAUGAAGGUGUCUCGGACAGCUACAGUAACAGCUGCUGGCAGUCUGAAUCAAAGGAAUGAAGGCUCCCGGUCAUGGCUUGAUGGCACUGGUGCUGUUUUAACAGCAGUAGCAGCAGCCAUAAGAAGUGCCUUAUUGACUUCAUAGCAAGAACAGGAUCCCGGGCCCUAGUCAGAAGCAGUUGCUGUUUCCUGGUCUUAUGUAAACACCCUCUUCUCCCUUGAGCAUACCUUUCUCCCUUUUGCUCAAUAAUUUUGUAAACAAGUGCCUGUAUUAAAUUGCCUCUCUUUCAAAUACC